GUGUCGUGUGCUGAGAUGAAUGUGUACCUACGAUCAACAAAUAGUACGAAAAAUGAAAUUAAAUCGUUUGUUAAUAGCGUCGGUAAGCGUUUUUUGAAUAAUUUAUUUAUUGUUUUAUACAUGUAUUGGCGAACGGUAGAUAAUUUUGCGAUUUAAUUUCUUUACACGUUAUCAUCUUCUUCUCCUUCGCCUUCAUCCCGGAAUCAUCGUGAAUCAAGUAGCUGCCAAGUAUAGAAUACUAAUUUUUUAGAAUCGCCCAUUUCCAAUUAUAAUAUAUAUUAAGUGUAUACUGAAUAUGUAUUAUAUACAUUAAGAUUCGUCAUCUAUAAUAUUUUUAAAUUACGUGGAUUAUAAUUUAGGUGUAUAAUAUAAUUAUAUAUUCUUUAAAUGUCUUGUUUUCUUUUGCAAAACUAGGUUAUUAUACUGAUGGUACAAUUAUACCGUGUGGAAGCCCAAAACGACGAAAAAAAGUUAUGCACUUCGUUUACGGAAUAUAUAAUUGAAAACGAUUUUAACAAGAACAGAAUUACACACUUUUUCAAUAAACAGCAAAAAGUUACUUGGCUCCAGAAAAAGACCGGAAAAAAACCACCCAAACCUUUUUUGGAAGAGACUCUACAUGAACAACUUGUUAAGUAUUAUAAAUCUCGAAAAUGCCGCCAACAAAUCAAAAGUUAUUCUGCAUUCAAUCAGUUUUACACUAAAGUUAAUCCAUAUAGAGAAGAAAUAAAGUGUGAUUGGAUCAGGCCUAAAUUACCAGAUACGUUAGACUACAUAUGCGAUCGUGGUAUUGGGCAAUAUUUAUUGCAACACGGAACUCUUGUGUACCACCAAUUUCUGGAAUAUUUAGCACGACUUCCGAAUACCAAGAAAGAAAAAAAGACUCCAAAAAAAGAAAAAAAAUAUUUGGUUAAAUAUAAAAAAUGGAUAGAAAAGACGUCGAAAAUGCGGGUUGUCGGAAAUAAGUUGAUGUUAUUAGGAGAACAAUAUAUCAAUGCAUACUACUAUAUAAUACAUUGCGAUAGAAUCGUACACGAUUAUAAUGCCUAUUAUGAUUUUUAUAUGGAAAAUUAUAAAAACAUUCAUCCAAGAAAAAAAAAUAAUUAUUAUCGCCAGAGUUGUGAUUUGUUCCGGCGGUUAAAGAAACCCGUUAGUCCAGUUACCAACUGAUUAAUCAUGGAGAAGAUAUUUUGGAUAGUUUAAAAAGGAAGAAGCUCUAAAAUUAGAUAAUUCUAAUCUAUAACUAUAGCUAUUAUUUAUUUUUACUUUUAUUUAUGAAGGAGGGGGGGGUGAAAAAAAUACUCAAUUUUGAUUUUUAUAUCGUAACAUAAAAAUUCGAUAAAUAGAUGUAGUGUUAAUUAAAAUACAUUUAAGUGUUUAAAAUUUUGAAUUUCUGUCAACCCGAUAACGAGGUGUUGGUUUAUCCAUUUUAAAUUAUAGGUAGGAGAAAAGUAACGCACAGCAAUCAUCGUUUACAUUAUGGUCUUGCGGCGCGCGGUGUUUGAAUUGUAAUCCACUAUUCUCCCUUUAACCAAUCUCAUAAGUGAAGUUUAGUAUCUCACCGAAGGUUUUUGCAGGAAUUAAAAUGUCGACUCCAAAUAUAUGUGCACAAAAUAUUAUAUUUUUUUUUUUUUGAACAAUUUAAUUGAAGUGAUUAGAUAUUAAUUCCAAUGUUAGGUAGGUACUGCGAAUUCCAGUGUGAGGUAAUUAUUAUUUAGAAGAAAAUAAACAUGUUUAAGCUUGUUUACACUUGACUUAUCGCUACCCUGGGUAUAUUCAAUUGUAGAACUUUAUGUAUAUAAUUCUAUGUAAAAUUGCAUGCACUUUAACUUGAGUUCAAUAUGUUGAUCUUGAGUUCGGCGGAUAACGAGUUGUACCUAUAAAAAAAAAACGGAGGGAAUAUAUUUGAAAAAUUUAUAAAACCGAUCAUUAUUUUUUUAUGUAUAUUGUAUAUACACAUAAAGUAUAUACAAUAUAUGUCAUACAUUAUAAUAUAGCAAAUAUAGG